ACUUCUCCUGUCAUCAACUUGACAUAUGAGUUGCUCAUGUUCAGUGAAUUUUCAUGAACGUAUGAGUGUUUGUCCAUAAAAAUUGGCAGGUGUAGUAUGUAUCUACCAGGGAUAGUAAUUAUUCUUGGUUACAGGAUACCAAAGUGUUGUGGUUCAUUGGGUCCAUCUCCUCCUUCGCCAUCUACUACGGCACCUGUGUGGUCUCCGAGUCAAUGCUCUCCGCCCAUUCGUGCCAUCUUCGUCGGUUGCUCCUGUCCUGCACAAGGUCAUGCACAACAUGUGCCUUGCCGGAUGCCUUCGAUGCCCACUCUUGAUCAGGUUUGUCAUGCAGCACCUGAUCGAUGCACCAAACUACAAAGGGCUCAGUGGUGGACUGAUGGGGAGGAUGCAUCGAUGCGGAUUGCGGAAGGUCAUUACAAAGGAAUUCUAGGGGAAUCGUACCAAGGAUCCUGCACAAUGCGAGCCUUGCUAUUGUAUGCCUUCGAGACAUCGAGGCUACAGUAAAGAUGGAGUUAUUUCUUUCAGGAAGAGUCCACCCUACCUAAAAAAAUCGCCCUCAGCCACUGAUGUACAUCACAACUCUACCUUGGAAGUAUAUAUAAGUAUGGUGUACAGUGCACACAAACGAGGACUACGGCCUAUGGAAUAUGUGUUCCUGGACCUGCUGCCAUGUCAAGUCAUGAGAGAUUUGAUCAAAACAUGUUUCAGGAAGGAUACAUACAACGAUUUUGCUGAGGCAAUGGAUCUGGAAGAGAUGGGGGUACUUGUUCAUGUGUCAUGCUCGUUUAAGAGCCUCAUUGCUUAUUCCCAUAAAAUCUUGUUCAGGAGCCCAGCAGCAGAUAGAAAAGAUGACAUGGACCACGAUAAAGAUUUAAGAAUCUUUCAGUUCAAAUGUCUCUCCUGCAACCAUUGUUUCUAGAGUAGAUAGCUCUGAUGACUUAAGGGUGUCACGGGCUAAUGGUGCUGAGCCCCCAAAAUGUAUUGUAGUCAAUGGAUAUUUCUGAUAAAAAUAUUAGUUAUCGAGUGAUGA